AUGCUGAAUGCUUCUUCUUUACGCACUAAGCUGCAGCGUACGCUGCAGCUUGAGUUCGGGUCAUUUGGUUUGGGGCUGUCGCAUGCAUCAGCAGCAGCAGCAGCAGCAGCAGCAGCAGGAGGCAGCAGCACAGGCGGCAUUUGCUGCAACUUGGGGGUUAUAGACAAGGGCUCUGUGCUGCAGGAGACUCGCUGCUUUGCUGCUGCUCCUGCAGAUUAUGUUUGCUGCUGCCGUGUUGCUACGCGGCUGCUGUUUUUGCUGCAGCAGGGGACAGAGCUAACAGCAGCAGAAGCAAGCUCAGUGUUUUUUAGUCUGACACGUUUGCUGCACACAAGAUAUGAGAAGCUGCAGCAGCUUAUUCAUUUGCUGCUGCGGCAGCUGCCCGUUGCUGCUUCUGAGGCGUUCGUUCUUACAUCUUCUCUUACUAAGACUAUCACAGCCAGCAGCAGCAGCAGCAGCAGCAGCAGCAAGAGUGGGGCCCUCCGUUGUGUUGCUGCUCUUGCGGAUGCUGCUGUUGCUGCGCAGACAGAGAGAUAUAUACGUGCAGCAAUUGCAGGAGGUGCUGCUGCUGCAGGUAGUGGUAGCGGGGGUCUUGUUGCAGGUGCUGCAGCAGGGGGUGUAUGCACACCUGCUGCUGCUGCUGCUGCUUCUGCUGCUUCUGCUGCAGUCUUCUGUGGCUUCGCUUUCUUACAGCUGUCUCCUGAGCUCGCAAGACGGUGGACAGAGGAGCUGCAGGUUUGCGCAGCAUCAGAUGUCUCCUUUCCUGCUGUGCAUGCGUUGCUGCUGCUGCUGCUGCUGAAGCAAGGAGACACGAAGGGGCAGCUGAAGGCUGCUGCUGCAGCGCUGCAGCAGCAGCAGCAGCAGCAGCACAGAUCUCCUAUCGUAGAUGUUGUACUGCUGCGCCUCAGCUACUUCCUGCUGCAGCAAGAUACUGACAGCAAGACACAAGAGCUGCUGCUGCUGCAUGCAGAGAGCUGUCUCCGCAGCAGCAACGAUAUGAUUAUGCUGCAAGCAGCAAGAGUGCUUUGUUUUCUUGCUGCGAUGGCGCAGGAGCCGCAGCAGCAGCAGCAGCAGCAGCAUCUGAAGCAGCGGCAGCAACAGCAGCAGCAGCAACUGCUGCUGCAGCAGCUCCAACGGGUCCAUCCGCAGCUACAGCAGCAGCUCCAACUGCAGCAGCAGCAGCAGCAGCAGCAGCAGCGACGAGGAUGGGUUGGCUACAGCAAACUCUUAACGUAUGAUAUGUCUGCUGCUUUUGCUGUUCUUGCUCGCUGCUGCAGCAGCAGCAAAUCAGUGCUGCGGUUUGCUGCUACUCGUACGAUUGAUGCUUUAUCAAAUUUCUGCUGCUGCUUACCUUAUCUGUCUCCUGCUGCAGCAGCACUUGAAGGAGUAGUAGGAGGCAGCAACAAAGCAGCAGCAGCAGCAGCAGCAGCAGUGCUGCUGAAGACAGCAGCAGAAGCAAAUGUAGAAAGGCUGCUGCAGCUAGUGUCUCCUCUAUGCUUUGACCCUGAUGCUGGAGAGACAGUUCGUCUGUCUCUGUUUGCUGCAGUUAUUUGUUUAUCUCUGUCCUUUAAGAAGAAGAACAAAGCUUUGCUAGAGCAUCUGUCUCUAUGUUUGCGGGAAGAGGGGUCUCUUGGUCUAAAAGCUGCUGCUGUUGAAGGUUUGCUGCUGCUGCUGCAGCACGAUGCAGCAGCAAGAGACACCUGUCUCUCUCUUCUUUGCGAGUUUAUUGAGGACUGCGAAUAUACUUCUCUUUGCUGCAGAGUCUUGUGUCUCUUAGGAGACGAAGCAGACAGCUGGGCUUGCGACGACCCCCCAGCAGCAGCAGCAGCAGCAGCAGGAGCAGCAGCAGCAGCAGCAACAGAGACAAGCGGCAAGUACUUGAGAUAUAUCUUUAAUAGAAUUACACUCGAGACUUCAUGCGGAAGAGCAGCAGCUAUUGAUGCUUUAGCAAAGGUUGGCUGCUGCAGCAGCAGCAGAAGACAAGAUGUGCUGCUGUUGCUUGCUGCUGCUGCUGCAGCAGAUCCAGAUGAUGAAGUAAGAGACAGAGCAUUCGCAAUGCACGAAGCCCUCCAGCAGCAACAGCAGCAGCAGCAGCAGCAGGAGGCAGACUGCAGCAGCAGCACAGUUAGCACAGAAGCAGAAGGAUGCCUGGAGGAUAUGCUGCAGCAGCAGCCUCCUGUCUCUCUCAGCUGUCUCUGUGAAGCGCUGCAGCAGCAGCUUCAGCAAGAGGAGACAGCAGAUGUCUUGAUAGACCUUGAUGCUCUGCCGACGGAAGCGGAGUAUGAACAGCAGCAGCAACAGCAGCAACAGCAGCAGCAGCAGCUUGGGCUUGCUACAGCAACAGCUACAACUCCGGCUGCAGCAGUAGCACGCGGUACAGGAGCAGCAGCAGCAGCAGCAGCAGCAGCUCCAGCACCAGAAGAGAAGGAGGCGCGGCUGUUGAGCAUUGUGCAGUUGCUGGCGAGCAGCGAAGCAGCAGCAGCAGCAGCAGGCGAAGCAGCAGCAGCAACAGCAGCAGCAGCAGCAAACAAUGGAUUGCUGCUGCACGUCUCCUCAGGGCCGCAGCUUCUUACAGAAGAAGAAGCAGAGUACGGGGCUGAGGCAACGCUGCAUGUAUUUGUUGCUGCUGCAGCAGCAGCAGCAGCAGCAGCAGCUCCGCUGGUGCUGCUGCUAGAGCUGCAAGUAACGAACACGCUGCAGCAGCAAUCGCUUGCUGCUGCUGCACCUUCUCUCUUUCUUGAUGGGUCUCCUUGGAGACAAGUUGCAUGCAUGAGUAUUCCGCUGCUUGGUGCUGGGGAGAGCAGCAGCAGCUACAGUUUGCUGCUGCCAGCCUCAGCAGCAGCAGCAGCAGCAGCAGCAGCAGCAGCAGCAGCAGCACUAAGCACUUGCUUAGCGGUGCCCUGUGCACUUUCUUUCUUCUUGAAAGAAGAAGACAGCGAAGAUGAAUGCAGAGAUGAAUAUCCGCUCGAGCCUCUCGCCAUUACCCCCGCCCAAUUCAUUCGUCCUUGCACUCUGACUGGGCGAGAGUUUGCAGCGAAGUGGGAGGAGCUGAAUGAAGAGGAGACAGUAACGAAGCUGUCUCUUUCUUUUGCUGCUGCUGCUGCUGCAGUUUCUUAUCUGAUUAGAUCUCUACAUCUUGGUGCAUGCGGCGGCUCUGAGGCUCUCAACAGCAGCAGCAGCAGCAGCAGCAGCAACAGCAGCAGCAGCAGCAGCCACGAGCUGCUGCUCGCGGGGGUAUUUGUUGACGGGCAGCAAAUCCUUGCUAGGGCCUUCUGUCUCUUUCCGGGAGACAGCUGUCUCCUUCGGCUUACAGUGAGGAGCAGCAGCAGUGCAUUGAGAGAAGCAGUGUGUGCUAUCUUAGAGUAA